GCGGCCGCUCCGCCGCGAGGUGUGUCCCUGAGCAGCGGCUCGGCGGUGCCUUGUGAGGAUUGGGCAGGGCGGGCGAGCGGCUCCGCGGCUCCCUCGCCGGGCUCCGCCGCCGCGCUCCCGCAGUAGCAGCGCGCUCGCCGCCCGCGCCGCUCCCGCUCCGCGCCGCUCCCGCCGCGCCGCCAGCGCCCGCCCCGGCCUCGGCCCCGGCCGCCGCCGCAUCGUGAUGCCGCAUCCCGCGGCGCCCCUCGGGGCCGCCCUGCUGCUCGUCCUGCUGGCGGCGGACUCCUCGCAGACCGUGCUGCUGCGCGCCCCGGAAGCUGCCCAGUUCCUGCGGCAGAGGCAGCGGCGAGCCUACCAGAUCUUCGAGGAGACCAAGCAAGGGCACCUGGAGAGGGAGUGCGUGGAGGAGCACUGCAGCAAGGAGGAGGCCCGGGAGGUGUUUGAGAAUGACCCAGAGACGGAAUAUUUUUACCCGAAAUACUUGGACUGUAUUCAGAAAUAUGGGUCACCGUAUACGAGAAAUCCAGAUUUCCUUACAUGUGUUCAUAAUUUGCCAAACCAGUGUUCUCCCAGUCCUUGUCACAAAGAAGGUACCAUCAAAUGCAAGGAUCUCAAGGGGGAUUUCUAUUGUGAAUGCAAGCAUGGCUGGCAGGGAAAAAAAUGUGAAAAAGAUAUUGAUGAAUGCAGAACGCAGAAUGGCGGCUGUAACCAGCUCUGCCUCAACAAGCUAGGCAGCUACCGGUGCUCAUGCUACAGUGGUUAUGUUCUUAAAGACAGCAAAAUAUGUGAAGAUAUAGAUGAAUGCACAGCAUCAGCAGACAUCUGUGGAGAAGCUCAUUGUAAAAAUUUAAUUAGCUCAUAUGAAUGUCUUUGCGAUGCAGGCUACAAGUACGAUGACGUGAGAAAAACUUGUCAGGAUAUAGAUGAAUGUGAAGAAAAGCUCUGUGAACAGACCUGUGUCAACUCACCAGGGAGUUACACUUGUCAUUGUGAUGGCAGAGGGGGGGUGAAACUUUCCCAGGACAUGAAUACAUGUGAGAACAUCAUACCAUGUGUGCCUUUUGCUGUUGGAAGGAGUAUUAAAUCCUUGCACCUGGGGAGGAUGUUCAGCGGCACUCCUGUUAUCAGGCUGCGCUUCAAAAGGAAACAACUGACGAGACUUGUGGCUGAGUUCGACUUUAGAACCUUUGAUCCUGAAGGUAUCCUUUUCUUUGCUGGAGGCCAUCAAGACAGCACAUGGAUAGUGUUGGCUUUGCGCAAAGGACGGCUAGAGCUGCAGCUGAAAUACAACGGAAUCGGCCGCGUGACCAGCACCGGGCCACUUAUCAACCAUGGCAUGUGGCAAACGAUCUCUGUUGAGGAACUUGAACGAAAUUUGAUUAUAAAGGUCAACAGGGAUGCAGUUAUGAAAAUAGCUGUCUCAGGAAACCUGUUUACACUAGACAAGGGAGUGUAUCAGCUGAAUUUGACAGUAGGAGGCAUUCCUUUCAAAACAAAGGACCUUAUUCUACCGAUAAACCCUCGGCUGGAUGGUUGCAUGCGGGCAUGGAACUGGCUGAAUGGGGAGGACACAUCCAUCCAAGAGACCAUAAAGAUGAAUGAAAAGAUGCAGUGCUUUGCUGUAGCAGGACGAGGGUCUUUCUAUCCUGGCCGAGGUUUUGCUGUGUUUAAUCUUACUUACAUGCAACCUUCUUCUGGAAAUGAAACCAAGACAAAUUGGGAAAUUGAAGUAAAUGCUGUAAUUCAACCAGCAACAGAUACUGGUGUGCUGUUUGCCCUAGUUAUGGAAGAAGCAUCUGUCCCUUUAUCCCUAUCUCUGAUUGAUUAUCACUCCACAAAGAAACUGAAGCAACAGUUUAUCAUCGUGGCCCUGGAGAACACAGUUGUGUCCAGACUGGCAAUAAAUCUCUGUGAUAAAAAGGAGCACUCUGUAGACGUCCUCCUCAAGAAAGAUCACUUAUCCCUGAGGGUAGAUGGGGUAGCAGGAGAGAGUGAACUAAGCAUCUCUGAGUUGGAGGAUAGUCUGUCCAUCUUGGAGAGCUCUUUGCAGUCAACGAAGACAUAUGUGGGAGGAUUGCCAGACGUUCCUGUCACUUCCACUCCGGUCACCGCGUCCUACCACGGCUGCAUGACCCUCAAACUGAGCAACACGGCACUGGACUUAGAUGAGGCUCUCUACAAGCACAGUGACAUCACCUCACAUUCCUGUCCUCCAGUCCAGGAGGGUCAGUAGGUACCACUGCAAUGCGAAAGUUUUAUACUCAGAAACUUUCAGUGCUUUUCUUUUUUUAAAAGAUAUAAAUUAUUCAGAUCUACCGCACUGCGUGUAUAGUUUCUCUUAAACACUGAAGUUAUGUAGAAGCUACUGAUCCUUAUGUCAGAUUAAUUAUUGAAAUACUCUUUGCUUUGAGGUUUAAAGGUUGUAAUAUAUUUGUAAAUAGUUCAGAAGACUAAUAUUAAAUACAUCAAAAGUACAGAAUGUACUGAAAGUGAAUACUAUCUUUAGACUGUAAGAGACAGUUUAAUCUGUAAUGUGGGAAACCUGGUAAUAUAUGAGUGUGUACUGGAAGAAAAAUAAUAAUUCUGUAUUAUUUUUUAUUACCAAACACUGCUUCUGAUUUGCAAAAUAUGAGAGAAUAAAAUAUUUACAUACAAUUUUUAA